UCGCCCAAAUAAGAGAGGCAAAGUGAACAGAGCUUCAUCUGUUUUAGCCGCCGUGCCCUCUCUCCCUUCACUUCCAUCCCCAAGCGCUCUCUCUUUCUCUCCUUUUUUUGUUUCAACUUAGCAAAAGACGAAGAAGAAGAAAUGUCUGCUAACGGUAAAGCAGAAGUGAAAAGAUUGUUCAUAGGAGCAGGUUGCAACAGAAUAGUUAACAACGUUUCAUGGGGUGCUUGUGGUUUGGUCUCAUUUGGUGCCCAAAACGCUGUUGCUAUUUUCUCUCCCAAGUCUGCUCAGAUUUUGACAACACUUCCGGGUCAUAAGGCAACUGUGAACUGCACCCAUUGGCUUCCAAGUACCAAGUUUGCAUUCAAAGCAAAACACUUACAGCAGCAUUAUCUACUCUCUGGAGAUACUGAUGGUGUCAUUAUUCUAUGGGAACUCUCUCUUGCUGACAAUAAGUGGAGGCAUGUGUUACAACUGCCGCGAUCACAUAAGAAGGGCAUUACAUGCAUUAAUGGAUUCAUGGUUUCUCCAAGUGAUGCAAUAUUUGCAACUUCUUCUUCUGAUGGCACAGUUUGCAUAUGGGAUGCUGUCUUUCCAUCUUCUUCUACUGGGGGUGACUGUAAAUUGUCAUGUCUGGAAACUGUUAUUGUUGGCUCAAGACCGCUGGUAACACUUUCACUUGCUCAACUGCCUGGAAAUACUGGGCAUAUAGUCCUGGCAAUGGGGGGAUUGGAUAACAAGAUAUAUCUUUAUUGUGGGGAGAGGACAGGAAAGUUUGUUCAUGCUUGUGAAUUAAAAGGACAUACAGAUUGGAUCAGGAGUUUAGACUUCUCAUUACCUGUAUCCAGUGGUGAAGCCAAUAGUGUGCUACUUGUAAGUUCAUCUCAAGACAAAGGCAUACGCAUAUGGAAGUUGACUCUCCGAGGUUCUCUAGCCAACACAGAGGGUACAUAUAGAAGAAGUGAAAUAAGCCUGGCAUCUUACAUUGAAGGUCCUAUUUUUGUAGCCGGCUCAUUCUCAUACCAGAUAUCUUUGGAAUCUCUUCUAAUUGGACAUGAGGAUUGGGUAUAUUCGGUACAGUGGCAACCCCCUUCAAUGGCUGCUGAAGAAGGCUUUGGCUUCUAUCAACCCCAAAGCGUUUUAUCUGCAUCAAUGGAUAAGACAAUGAUGAUCUGGCAACCUGAGAGGAAAACUGGUAUUUGGAUGAAUGUGGUCACUGUUGGGGAAUUAAGCCAUUGUGCUUUAGGCUUUUAUGGUGGCCAUUGGAGCUCAGAUGCAGAUUCUAUCCUGGCACACGGAUAUGGUGGGUCAUUCCAUAUGUGGAGCAAUGUUGGUGUUACCACAGAUAAUUGGCAACCACAGAAAGUCCCUUCUGGGCAUUUUGCUGCAGUGACAGAUAUUGCAUGGGCAAGGCAUGGUGAAUACGUGCUGUCAGUUAGUCAUGAUCAGACAACUCGUACUUUUGCUCCAUGGCACAAUCAAGAUCCUCAUUCUGAUGGGGACUUCUGGAAUGAAAUUGCUCGGCCUCAAGUUCAUGGGCAUGAUAUUAAUUGUGCAGCUAUCAUCCAAGGAAAAGGGAAUCAUUGUUUUGUCAGUGGAGCAGAGGAGAAAGUUGCCAGAGUGUUUGAAGCCCCUUUAUCUUUCUUGAAGACACUACAUCAUGCUAUUUCAGAACAGUCUAGUUUUCCCGAAGACCUCCAGGCAGAUGUACAGGUCUUGGGUGCCAAUAUGUCUGCUCUUGGGCUGUCACAGAAACCUAUUUAUGUAAAUGCAACCCAUGAGAUUUCAGAUAAUGUUGGAAAUGAUGGUCUUGACACUCUUGAAUCCGUUCCUGAUGCUGUUCCGGUUGUGUUCACUGAACCUCCUAUUGAGGAUCAGCUUGCAUGGCAUACUCUAUGGCCAGAAUCACACAAACUCUACGGUCAUGGGAAUGAGCUGUUCUCUUUAUGCUGUGACCAUGAAGGGAAGCUUGUUGCUUCAUCAUGUAAGGCCCAGUCAGCAACAGUAGCGGAAAUAUGGUUAUGGCAAGUAGGUUCAUGGAAAGCUGUUGGUAGCUUGCAAUCUCACAGCUUAACAGUCACACAGAUGCAAUUCUCUCAUGAUGACAGUCUUCUUUUGACAGUCUCAAGGGAUCGCCAGUUCUCCAUUUUCACAAUCAAUAGAACAGGCACAGGUGAAAUUGAUUACAAGCUCUUAGCGAGGCAGGAGGCCCAUAAAAGAAUAAUAUGGGCAUGUUCUUGGAACCCCUUUGGUCAUGAAUUUGCAACAGGUUCUAGGGACAAGGCAGUGAAGAUUUGGGCUGUGGAAAAAGCUUCUUCAGUUAAGCAGCUUCUAACUUUGCCACCGUUCAACAGCAGUGUCACUGCCCUCUCUUGGGUUGGCCUUGACCGACACAGAAAUCAUGGGCUUCUUGCAGUUGGAAUGGAGAGUGGACUCCUUGAACUUUGGAGCCUUCAUAUUGGAAGAAUUGACGGUAGCACUCCAGCACCGGCUGUGACAGCUGCUCUAAUCGUGCGGCUUGAUCCUUUCAUGUGCCAUGUUUCUGCAGUUAAUCGGUUGGCCUGGAAGAACCGUGAGAACAAUGAAAACUGCACAAGCCUCCAGCUGGCGUCUUGUGGAGCUGAUCAUUGUGUGAGGUUGUAUGAGGUAAUUGUAGAGUAAUCCGAUAAUAAUGGUUUUGUACUAUAGACAUUUUUUCUUCGUAUGACUAAUCCAAUAAUAAUUCUUA